UACAUUGUAAUUUCCCCUCCAUGUCGAACUUGGAACGGUUUUACUGACAAAAUGUCAAGUUACAAAAUUGGGGUGAAUUUAAGGGUGACAGAAAAUAGCAACCAAGGAGGACGGAAGUAUAUGGAAGAUACGCAUGCCAUCAGAUUUGUAAAAAAUGACGAGGGUGGCUUUGAAUUCGCUUAUUUUGGUAUUUUCGAUGGACACGGUGGUGGUGAGGCUUCAAAGUUUGCUCGUGAUCACCUUUUAGACGAAAUUACUAAAUAUGAGUGCUUUUGGAAUGACAAUGAUGAUGAUGUAUUACAUGCAAUUAAAUCUGGGUUUCUUGAUGUCCAUUUUGCAAUGUGGAGGGAAGUAGAUCGAUGGCCGAAAACUUCUAGUGGAUUUCGAAGUACAUCUGGAACUACAGCCAGUAUAGCUAUCAUAAAAAAUUCCAAACUAUAUAUAGGUCAUGUGGGAGAUUCUGGAAUUGCUCUGGGGUUUGAUGACAGUGGAAGUGAGAAAUUCAUACGACCAAAGGGUACAAUGUUAACUAUUGAUCACAAACCAGACAGUCCAGAGGAGAAGAAAAGGAUUGAAGAAUGUGGUGGCCAGGUUGUGGCAAAAUCUGGAGUCCAAAGAGUUGUUUGGAACAGACCUCGUAAUCAACAUCAAGGUCCAAUCAGACGUAGCACACCAAUAGAUAGAAUUCCUUUCUUAGCUGUUGCUAGAAGUUUAGGUGACCUUUGGAGUUACAAUUAUUUAAAUGAACAGUUUGUGGUAUCCCCUGAACCAGAUGUAUCUGUGAGAAAGUUGGAUCCAGCCCGAGACAAAUGUCUUGUUCUUGGUUCUGAUGGAAUGUGGAAUAUGGUGUCUGCCGAAGAAUCUGUGUCUGUUGUGGUAGAUCUGGAGUAUCACUUUGAGUACAAAGUUAUAAAUGAUCCUACUGCUCCUGUUUCAUAUUGGAUUAAUCCAGCAGAGAAGUUGGUACAAAGAGCUUUGAACAAGUGGAAGUCUCGUCUGAUGAGGGCUGACAAUACCAGUUGUGUUGUUGUUUUAAUUGAUCCUCUUGGACCUAGAAAACUAUCUUUACUGAAAAAAGAAAGAGAGGAAAACUUACGAAGAAUCAGAGAAAGCAAAGAAAAACAGACUGUUCCAGUCAAAAUGUCUACUCGUUCUUCGCCACGUAAACCCUUAGAAUCUGAUUCAGACUCGGCUAAAAAUGACAUUAAGAAAGCUUCCCCUAAAAGUGCCCCUUCUAGUCCAAGAAAUGACAAUGGACACAAAGGUGUCGUUUCACCAGUAUCGACUGAGAAGACGAGAAGAAUGUCUGUUCCAAAUUCCAUGGAAUUUGAUUUGGAUGACAGUAUUCAAGCAGCUAGUAUAAAUAAAAAGUUGAAUUUUACACCCAGUACUGUCCGAGAAAAGAUGACUAGAGCAGUCGAUAUUUCUGAUCAAAUUUUAGCCCAAGGCAGUGCAUCUGCAAUGAAGAAAGCUACUGAAAUGUUGACCCAUGGAAACAGAGGUAUCUCAGCCAGGAAAAUAGAUGACCAGCUUUGCCCAGAAAGUGCCUCAGCAAUGAAGAAAGCCAACAGGGCAAAUUCAAAACACACUGACCUCCAAUUUAACAAUAAUGCUGUAACGGAUAAUUCACAUUUCACUCGGACUAGACAGCGUCAUUCAUCAGAUGCUGUAUUAACGCUGAAGACUCCACAUCCGGCAAAUCCCUUGACAUUACUUAAAGGAUGUGUUGGUAAAUCAUUAACUGAAAACAAAACUGAAUCUCAGUGCCGAAAUGUCCUUACAGAGAAUUCUAAACAGUCGAACAAAGUCAAUUCACAUGAUCAACACAAAGCCAAAGGAAAAAUUGACAUUCAUUCAAAGGAGGAUCAAAGUAUUUGUGACUCUGCAGCAUUUAAAUUAAGGACUAAAGAGGAAAUUAAUGAAAGGCUAGGUCAUGGACAUCAGCUAAGAAACAGUAGUAAAAAAGGUGUUGUAAGCAAACCAAGUUCAACAGCAUUACGUAGACUCUCAUCAGACUCCAUUAAGAACACCACACGUACAAGUAUGCGAUUGCGAAAAAUUAAUCCUCGAUCUCUUAGAUGUAAAUCUCAGACAGAAAAUAAGAACUUUGUAUCAAAGUUCAAAUUAGGUGGCUUAAAGAGAAAAAGAACAUUUUCAGAAGGAGCACCUGUGUCAAAGAAAGUUUGCCGUAGUUAAUAGUGCUAUAUAUUUAAUUUACCAAUUACAAUAUUUGUCAUAAGCGUUCACAUUUUCUUUUCAUGAAAAGUUCUGGCAUCUUUAUCGGGUCAUUUUAUUGAAAUUGUUUUAAGUUUAUCAUUGAAUCAAGUAUAGUUUUUAAAAUGAAUUUUAACCUAAAAUUCGUCAUCAAAUUUGGAAGCAAAGAAAAUGUGGAUGUUUAAUAUAUAAAUUUAUGUGUUCAUUUUGACUUGAAUUUGAAACGGUUGAUUUGUUUUCUGUUAAAACCAACCAUAUCUUUCUUUAUAUUUGUGAUGAGAUAAUUAAAAGCAGGUAAUUAGUUGGAACAAUUGGAUUUUACAUAUGUAUACAUUUUAAGUUAUUGUUCUCUUUUAUUUGCAAUUUUAUCUACAUCUUAUUCAUGUUGAUUCAUCUUAAAAUGCAGUCUUUUUACUCACUUAUAUAUAUUUAUAUAUAUAAAUUUUUUACAAACUUUCUUUUAAAUACAUGUUAUACAUGUAUAUUAUUAUUAAAGUAAUGUAUCAAAGUGUACUCGUCAAAGAUAAGUAACUGUGGUUUAUGUACAGUACUCACAAGAUGUUUCAGUCAAAGACCACUCUGGUUGGUGUUCAGUGGUUCACUUUAUAAAAGAGAAUGAUUGUUGGUGAUUUAAGGUGAUAACACUGAUUAAACAUGUUUAAGAUACUGUUGAUUAAGAUCUAUGAAAUAUUUGUAUUUUUUUAAGACAUCACACACAUUCACUGUGAAAAAUCUCCACCAAGAGUGAACUGAAUCAUUCUGUGUGUACAGUACUGUAUUCCUAGAUGUAAUAUUGGGCAUUAAAUUUUCAGGAUAGAUCUUAAGUAAUGGAGUUUUAAUUUUUUUAUUAUCCCUGAAUGAAAUGUAUGUUUGUUUUCAAAGUAAAUGUUUUAGGGAAGUACAUGUAUCUAAGCAGCUUAAUUCUUGUGUUAAUUUUACCUUUAGUACAAAACAAUUUUUAGAAGAUUUCAUAAACAUAUAAGCAAGGUCAUGGUUUUAAAGUUAUCGCUUCCAUCAUGUAAGCCGUCUAUGUGCUUUUUAUAGUUACACGGAAAUGUUGGAACUUCUUUAAUCUAAAUAUACCAAAAAAUACUGAUUUACUUGCAAAUUCAAGAAAACUUUUCAAAGUAAAAUUAUUUUCCUCUAAUGUGUCUGAAUUUAGUUAAAGGGCAUUUUAUAAUUAUAAGGCAUAGAAUUCAGGUGGUACAAAACAAAAUGUUCAUUUAUUCUGUUUUAAAAAGGGGGUUUUACAAUGUUUGUUCAGCUAAGUACACCAAAUAUUGCUGCUAACUGGUACCAGGUAAAAUCAUAUGACAGGAAUUCAGUUUGCUGUACCUCAUAUUGUAGAGGUGUUGUUACUGAAUCCCUGCUAUUUAAUUAUAUUUAUAGAUGACUGAUCCAUAAUUGGGGUCAUUGUGUCAGUAAAUCUGGUAUUAAAAUUUCUGUAGUUAUCUCCCCUUCAUUGAAUUAGUUUUACUUUUAAAACAAACAUGAGAAAAAUGUAUGGACAAAUAUAGUAGAAAACCUCAUUAUUUAUUGUUAAUUCCUUUUAAUUUUGUUUUUGCAUUUAAUUUGUUCACCUGUCAAGAUUGUUCCAUUAAAAUACGAAAUACAUCUAAGAAAUGCUUUGAAAAUCUCUUUGAGUGUCUCCCAAUUUUAAAAUGACUUUCCUGAAUAUGAUCUUGCAGUUAAAAUAUUUUAAUGGGACAACCCUCAAAUAUUUUCAAGUUUAAUUUUUUCAUUUCUUUUUGAGUUUGUAUACAAUUUAUACUUUACAUGAGUAGAUUUUUUUAAUGAAUUAAAAUUUAGAAUUAGAAUUAUCAAAUCAUUUAAUUGGCAUUUACUGAUCUUUGGUUAUUUUUUUUUUAUGACUGUUUAAAUUUAGGACUGCUCUGACUAAAAAGAGUCCAUGAUGCUUGAAGACUGGCUGGACUAACCAUUUUAUGCUUUGGUCACUUGAGUCCAUAUAUGCAACUAGAUUUUGUCUCUGACAUAUUGUGGUGCAGUCAACAUGGUUAAAUUACAAAAGUUGAAAUAAAUAUGUAAAUUCACACAGUUUUUUUAGGGCCAGUACCACCUCUCUGUACAUUAAAAUAUUUUGCUACAACUCUCAGAGUGAUCCUAGAUGGCCUGUUUCAAGGCAAAAUCUCUGCCCUUAAUCCAACAUACCCUGACAGUCUAAAAAAAUCUAUUCCUUGUCUUGGUUGAACUUUUUCUUUCAGAAUAUUACUAUUGUAUCAAUAGGUAAUUUGUUCUCCUGAAUAUUCAUGAAACAUUUUCCAAUGGAUGUUUAGCAAGUAACAAUUUGUCAAUCAUAAUCUAGUUACUCUUGUUUUUACCAGGAAUUCAUACACAUUGUUUUUUGAUAGAAUGUUGGUAUAAUCAGCUGCUAACCAUAGUCAAAACUGUUGGUAUUUGGACGCAUGUGAACAAAUUCUUAUGUUAAAGGACUGUAUAACUUUUUGACACACAUUAUGUAAAUGAAAUAGCAUUUAAAGCAGCAUACUCAGAAACAUCCAAAUGGUUAAGAAGAAAAAUGUCUCAGGUUUUGCCAUAAUCUUGUCAUUAUUUAGAAAGAAUUUCAGAAAAUUCCUUCAGAAAAUUUUCAAAAGAUGACAGAGGUAAUAUUUAUUUCAAUGGAAACCUUUUUUCAUAAGUGAUAAGAAUAUUUUUAUUAACUGUAUUGAAAUUUUCUGAUUGUUUAAUUUGAUUUAAUAGCAGAUUGACAAUUGCCCUAAAAAUAGUAAAAGAAUGAAAACUUGAUAUACUUCGCAUAGUUCAAUUUCAAAAUCACAUUUUCUUUUCUUUUUAAAAAUGUACAGAAAAAAAUUUCAUGUUAAUAAAUCACACUUAAUAAGCUGAUCACCAUGGUGAAUCAAGGUGUUUUUCUCUGUCUGCAAUGUAAAUGGCUAAUCUUGCCUUCUAAGGAUUUCAUAAGUUAUAAGAAUGAAUAAUAUUUUUUACCAGGCUUUAAAAUUCUAAACAUUAAUUAUUUUCCAUAUUCUACCACUUUAAUAAUAGAAAAAAACAAAUCAUCUUUAUUUGAACAGUACAAGUACCAAAGCCUUGUGACAAGAGUCACAAAAAGGAAAAUUUAAAUACUGCAAUGCAAGCAAUUGAGUCUUUACAUUGUCAUCAAGAUGGGCAUAAGAUUAGAUUAAAUGUACUUCCAGAUUAACCAACACUUAAAGAGUUUAUUACAAUUUACAAAAUUAUAUCUAGCAAAUACUUAGAAUUUUCAUUUAUAAGGCAAAAUUUAAAAAGAGAUAUAUUUUAUUUGAUUGUCUGACUUUCCCUAAUUUUUUCCUUACCCCAAACUGUUUUGAUGAAUUUUAGCUGUGAAAGUCAUGAUGGGGAUGGAGGGGGGAAAUCUGACCUAUUUAUGCAAAAUGUUGUUCUAUUGCACUAUGAAAUUCAAGCACUUUAACAUGAAUAUUAAAAUGAAUGUUUGUUUAUAAGAUACACAGAAUAGAUAUUUUGCAAGCAAAAAUUUCAAUGAUUUUUUAAUGUAGACAUGAAAUGUAAAGUAGUGGUAAAAAAAAAUUUGGCCAAAUUCUGAUAAACAAUUAACUAGCUAUAUGAAUCCUUAUCCCAAAAAAUUGAAAAUUUUACACUUAAAUUGUAAAAUUAAAAAAGUUUCUUAAGCAAUAUUGUAAGAGCCCAGACCACUGACCUAAACAUUUAAACCCUGUUUACUUAAAAGAGGCAAUAACAAGCUAUGCAAAAUGGAUGCAUGUCUAAUAUGAACCAGACAUGCUAGUAAAAGGUAUGCAAAAUUAAGUAAUAUAUGUUUUAGCCACAAGAACAAUGAAUUUUACAAUCUGGCAGAAAUUUGUAUAUUUGUAUAUAUUAAGAUAUAGAAGACUGUUGAUAAUUACAAAUUUUAAAAUAUUGUACAAAGAAUGAAAUUUAAAAACAAUAAAUUUUAUAUCUUUUACAUGAA